CUUUAACAUUCAUGGAAAAUGAGAACCAAACAGGAUUCAUCAUCAUUGGAUUUUCUGAUGUUUCUCAUCUACAGAUUCCUCUUUUUAUGAUAUUUUUCAUAACUUACUUCUCCACCAUAGCUGCAAAUGCCACCAUGAUAAGUGUGAUAGGCUAUAACUCCCUCCUCCACAAGCCCAUGUACCUCUUCUUGGGAAACUUGUCUACUCUAGAUAUCUGCUACACUUCAGUCAUCUUUCCCAAGUUGCUCUUAAUGCUGCUUGAUAACCGACGCCAUGUGUCCUACUUAGCUUGCUACACUCAACUCUACUUUUUUGUUGGCUUUGCAAGUGCUGAAUUCUUCUUACUAACAGUUAUGGCUUAUGACCGCUACAUUGCUAUUUGCAAACCACUGCAUUAUUUUACUAUCAUGAGUAAAAAAGUGACGGCCUUGUUCAUCAUCGGUACAUGGGUGGCUGGACUUUGCAACUCAGCAGUCUUCAGCAGUUCAAUAGCAGAGCUCCCCUUGUGCUCACACCAUAAAAUAAACCAUUUCUUCUGCGACAUGGCUGCCGUUUUGAAGCUCACAUGCCGAGGAACCCACAGAGUGGAGAUAAUCAUUUACACUAAGGGUGUUCUGAUAGGUUUGACUUCCUUUUUCUUGACUCUCACCUCUUAUGUCUAUAUCAUUUCUACCAUUCUGAAGAUUAAAUCAGAAGAGGGACGAAGUAAAGCCUUCUCCACCUGCGCUUCUCAUUUAACAGUAGUCAUCUUGUUUUAUGGCACCAUAAUGUGCAUGUACAUGAGGCCAACCUCUUCCUACUCUUUAAGUCAAGACAAGAUUUUUUCUCUGUUGUAUGUGGUUAUAACGCCCCUGGCAAAUCCUCUGAUUUAUUGCCUGAGAAACCAAGAUGUUAAAAGGGCUAUUAAGAAACUGCUGAGUACACAAAAUGCCAAGACUAAAGCAAUAAAUUUAAAAAGUAUUAAAUAAAAAUAUAAAAACAUUUUCUGUGUAUGAUUGAACUGGUUACGGAAUG